AUGGCUGAAUCUUUUUUUUCUGACUUUGGCUUGUUGUGGUACCUGGAGGAGCUCAGAAAGGAAGAGUUUUGGAAAUUCAAGGAGCUCCUCAAGCAAGAACCUCUGAAAUUUGAACUUAGGCCGAUGCCCUGGACUGAGCUGAAGAAGGCUUCAAAGGGAGACCUGGCCCAGCUGCUGGAGAAGCACUACCCGGCAGAGCAGGCGUGGGCGGUGACGCUGAGCCUGUUUCUACAGCUCGGUCGCAGAGAUCUCUGGACAAAGGCACAGGACGAGAUCAGAAAUAGACUAAACCCGUACAGAAAGCACGUGAAGGAGAAAUUCCGACUCGUGUGGGAGAAGGAAAUCCGUCUGCAAGUGCCCGAGCAUUUCUACAGAGAAACCACCAGGAGCGCGCGGGAGGCGUUGGCAGACGCGUUCGCCGCCGGGCCCGCCACUGUGGUGCUCAGAGGCCCCGAAGGAAGUGGGAAGACAACGCUUUUAAGAAAAGUGAUGUUGGAGUGGGCCGAAGGAAACUUCUGGAAGGACAGAUUCACGUUCGUUUUCUUCCUCAACGUCUGUGAAAUGAGCUGCAGGGCGGAGACCAGCUUAGUGGAGCUCAUCUCCAAGGACUGGCCCGAGGCCCCAGCGGCCAUGGAGGACACGUUCUCCCAGCCAGAGAGAAUCCUGUUCGUCAUGGAUAGCUUCGAGGCCCUGAAAUGGGACCUGGCGUUGAAGGGUCACUCGUGCAGCGACUGGCGACAGCGCCGGCCGGCCCAGGUCAUCCUGGGCAGCUUGUUGCAGAAACAGCUGCUUGCCGAGUCCUGUCUGCUCCUUGCGCUCGGGAAAGGGGGCGUGCAGAAGUACGGCCUCCUGCUGCGGGACCCUCAGCACAUCCUUCUGUCUGGGUUCUCUGAGCGUGAGAGGAAGUCGUACUUUUCUCAUUUCUUCUGUGAGAAGAACAAAGCCUUGAAGGCCUUCGGUUUUGCAAGAGAUACUAGGCCACUGCUCACCUUGUGCCAGAACCCCCUCGUAUGCUGGUUGGUGUGUACCUGCAUAAAGUGUCAGCUGGAGACGGGGCCAGACCUCAGCAUCUCCUCCCAAAAUAUGAGCGCGCUGUAUGUGUCCUUCCUGACAAGCGUGUUGAAAGCGGGAGCUGAGAGCCGGCCGCCGAGACAGAGCCGAGCCCGACUGACGAGCCUGUGCGCGCUGGGCGAGGGGAUGUGGACCCAGACGUUUGUGUUUGGCCGUGAGGAGCUCCGGAGGAAGGGCAUGUCCAACUCUGACGUCUCACUGUGGGUGGCUGCGAGACUUCUUCAGAGGAGCGGGGAGCACUUCAUCUUCAAGCACGUGUGUAUCCAAGAGUUUUGUGCUGCCGUGUUCUACCUGCUCCAGCGACCCAGAGACAGUCCCCACCUGGCCAUUGGAAGUGUGACCCAGCUCGUAACGGCGUGGGUGGCCAAUGUCCAGACGCAUUUGUCCCGGCUGGGAGUGUUUGUGUUUGGAAUCUCAACGGAAGAAGUCAUCGGCCAGCUGGAGACAUCUUUUGGUUUUCUUCUGUCCAGAGACAUAAAGCAGGAGAUUACCGCGUGUGUUCAAAGUCUAAGCCAUUGCAAAACCGAUCAGGAAGUCGUAAGUUUCAAUGAACUGUUCAAUGGUUUAUUUGAAACCCAGGAUGAAGAAUUCGUAGCACAUGUGAUGAAUUUCUUCGAAGAAGUUUCCACUUACAUUGGUGACGUGGGACAGCUGCUAGUGUCUUCGUACUGCCUGAAACUUUGCCAGAAUUUGAAGAAACUUCACCUGUGCAUAGACGAUGUGUUCUCAGACGAUUCUGGAUCCGUUGCAGACGACAGCGAGAAGCUCCUCUAUUGGCAAGACCUUUGCUCAGUGUUCCGCACCUGCAAGGGCUUGGAAAUGCUGGACUUGGACAACUGCAGCCUCGACGGGGCCUCCACCGCAGUCCUUCGUGAAGCGCUGGCCCGGCCCGAUUGUAAACUGCAGAGCCUCCUGUUGAACUUCAUGUCCAGCUUUGGAAGUGGCGCAGACUUCUUCGAGGUGGUUCUUCAUAGCCCUCACCUGAGACACCUGAACCUGUGUGGCACCAGCCUGUCCCGAGCUGGGCUCAGGCUGCUGUGUGAGACGCUGAAGCACCCCACGUGCAGCGUGCGCGAGCUGCUGCUGGGGAAGUGCGACAUCACAGAAGAAGGCUGUGACGACCUCGCCCCUGUCCUCGCCUGCAGCGACAGGCUGAAGCACCUCUCCCUGGCGGAAAACCCCGUGAAGGACCAAGGCGUGACCGUGCUGUGUGGGGCCCUGGAGCGCCCAGGCUGUGCCCUGCAGUCCCUGGUGCUGUCCGGCUGCGGCCUCACCGCUGCCUCCUGUGCUCACAUCUCCCGUGCCCUGCUGUGCGCCCAGUCGCUGUCCCUGCUCGAUCUGAGUCUGAACUGCCUGGAGGGUGGCGGGGCGCUGACUCUGUGUGCGGCGCUGACGCACCCCGCCUGCAGCCUGCAGGAGCUGUGGUAGGACCGGCGGCUUCCCAUCCGCGGUGGGGCGUCCUUUCUGGGUGAACUAGGGGGUGGGAGCACUCUGCUCUGAACGGCUGCCCUCCAAAUUCCUACACCGAGUGUGAGCCCCAGGUGCUCGGGCACGGGGCCUCGGGGUGAUGAGGUCGGGGCGUGGAUUACAGCAGCGUCCCGAGAGAGCUCUCCCGCCUUCCACCAGGUAGCCGCCUGCUCAGAAGGCCUCGCCUGUGAGCCAGAAAUGGGUCCUCCCAGACACCAAACGGCCCCCGCCUCGAUCUCGGAUUUC